CUCCGGAAAAAAUAACUGCUCUCAGGCUUACAAAGACUAAACAGGUUAUUUGACGCCCAGAUUUUCUGCUCUUGCUUACUAGAUGAUCUCAAGAGUCACUGUGGUGAAGAAAUAACAUGGGGAACAAGUGCUGUGCCACCACGAGGGAUAAGGAAGUGACAACAGGAAUCCGUAAAACUGAUAAAAGGAAUGACGACUCUGACAAAGAGAAACAAGGAGACACUUCCUCAGCUGCACAGCCAUCGCAUUUAGAGGACGUGAGAGAUGAAACGCAAACAUUGAUGGGAGAGACUUUAUCUAGUCAAGCAGAACAUAUUUCUUUUGAGACAAGGGACUCUACUGAGAACUUUAUCAGUUUGGCAAAUGAUGCAUCUCAUGAACUUCCCAAUCCAAGCUCAUCCAAACUUGUAUCAGCUGAGGAGAAAGCAACUUGGGUGGACAGUAACAUGCCGGAGCUUAUUCAGAGUGUAGUUCCAGUGAUGACCAUAGCUGACCAUAUUCUCAAGUUGAAGAUAAUCCACCAGGAGACGUAUGACCAAAUCGAAGCCUCCUCUGUGAACCAGGAUCGAAUGAGAAAACUCUUUAGAGCACUUAAUUAUCCAAAGGCAAAAGCAGCUUUCUACGAUAUCCUUUGGAAAAUUCAACCUGAGACUUGUGAAACUGAAGAUAUCAUUAAAGACGUCAUCAAAAAUAACAAAGAAUACUUGAGGAAAAAGUGCGCAUGGGAGUUGGAAGGCACCGAAAAAGAUAAUAAAGAAAUAAAAUUAUUGGAUCAGAUUUAUACGGAGCUUCACAUUGUUCAAGGAGAAAAUGAACAUGUCAAUAAGCAGCAUGAGAUUUGGGAGAUUGAAGACAAGUAUAGAACUCAAGCAACAGAAGGAAUUAAGAUAAACUGCAACAAUAUCUUUCAAAGCACACCAGAAAUGAGAGCUAUUAGAACAGUGAUGACCAAGGGGAUUGCUGGAAUCGGUAAAACUGUGUCUGUAAAAAAAUUCAUUCUUGACUGGGCAGACGGAAAAGCAAAUCCAGACCUGGACUUCAUCUUCAUGAUUCCAUUCAGGGAGCUUAAUUUGGUCAAAGACGAUGAGUUCAGUCUUGAGACUCUUGUUAAAGAAUUUCAUCCUGUACUCAAGAACAUAGCAGUUGCUAAAAAUGUUGCUAAUUACAAAGUUUUGUUCAUUUUUGAUGGCCUUGAUGAAAGUCAGCUUAAACUGAACUUUCAAACAACUAAAAGAUUGACAGACCCAACAAAGGAAUCAUCUGUAGACAUCCUGGUGACUAAUCUCAUUAGGGAACAUCUUCUGCCCUCUGCGCUUGUCUGGAUAACUUCAAGACCAGGAGCUGUUCAGCGCAUCCCCAAAGAAUAUGUCUAUCAAUGGACAGAAGUCAGAGGUUUCGAUGAUCCACAGAAAAUACAGUACUUCAGGAAUAGAGUUCAGAACACUAUGAUCGCUGAAAAAAUAAUUGAUCAUAUUAAGAACUCACGGAGCUUAUUUAUCAUGUGUCACAUACCCAUCUUCUGUUGGAUUGCCUCAAAGGUUUUUGAGUACUUGCUUUUAAAAAUGGAAAGCAGCCGAGAGAAAACCACUAAGAUACCCACAACUCUUAUUGAAAUGUACACACACUUCUUUUGUAUUCAGAUAAGGAUCGCUGUUGAGAAAUACGACAAGGAAAACGAGUUAGAGAUCACUGAAAUCUUCAGAUUGAAUGAAGAUUUCAUCUUCAAACUGGGCAGAAUGGCAUUUGAAAAACUGAACAAAGGGGAAAUUAUAUUCAGCAGUGAUGAUCUAAAAAGUUAUGGCAUUGACACAAAGAAAGCUGGAGUCGACUGUGGGUUGUGUACCACAAUAUUCAAGGAAGAGAGCAUCUUUCACUCAAAGAAGCUUUACUGCUUUGUGCAUUUGACAAUUCAGGAGUACUUUGCUGCUCUCUUUGUGUACAGGAGUUUUGCAAGUAAAACAAUUGACUCUCAAAGCCUUAGAGAUUUCCUUCUGAUAGGAUCUGAGGACGAGCUGAAGACAAUCUUGGAUGUUCACCCAGUUGAUCUCCCUUUGGAUGAGCUAAUGGAAAUUUCAAUAGCUAAUUCAACUUCGAGAAAGACAGGAGAACUGGACAUGUUUCUUAGGUUCCUCAUUGGCAUGUCCUUAGAGUCGACACAAAAACAGCUUCAAGGGCUCAUUCAGCAAACAGAGGACCACUCUGAAGUUGUUGAGAAGAUCAGGACAAGUAUAACAGAAAUUGAUCUUUUGGACUGCUCUCCAGACAGGUGUUUGAACCUUGUUCACUGUAUGACUGAACUGAAAGAUGAUUCCCUGUACGACAGCGUGAGACAGUUUCUGAAUCCAAAUCAGUACCCAGAAACACAGCUCACCCCUGUUCAGUGUUCAGCUUUGGCUGACUUAAUGCUAAUGUCAGCUACACCUAUUGAGGAAUUUGACCUGGCGAAAUACACAACAAAAGUAAAGGGCAUUUUCAGGAUUGUCCCAGCUGUGAGAAACUGUAGAAAGGCCAGAAUAUCAGGUGCAGAUCUUGACCUCUGGAUUUGUGAAACUAUUUCUUCGGCUCUGUGGAGUCCACGCUCUCCACUAACUGAACUACAUCUUGUACAUAACACUUUUUAUGAUAAAGGUAUUACUGUACUGAUUGAUGGACUGAAAAACUCUCCAUGUAAACUGGAGGCUCUCAGUCUUUCAGGAAACGGACACUCAAUGUCAGUGACAGAAGAGUUGGCCUCGGCUGUAACAUCAGUAAUCUCCAACAUAAGAGAACUGGAACUGAGUGAAAACGUGCUGGGAAAAUCACUACUGCCGGUGAUCUCUGAGGCGCUUCAGUGCCAGAAAUUGGAGAAGCUCAGGCUAAGGCUGAACAGAAAUGGUGAGAUUAGAAAAAUCUGCAAUGAGAUAGGGAAGGCAUUCACAACCAACUCGACAAAUCUGAGAGAACUAGAACUGAAUUACCUCAAUUUUGCCGACUCAGAACUUGAGAUCCUAUCAUCGUCAUUGAUGAGCACAAGCUGUGCACUGGAGACCCUGAGACUCAGUCACAACAAGUUGACUGCGAGAGGUUGUGAGACCCUGGCUUUGGCACUCAGUUCCAGACCUACACCUUUAAGAGAGCUGGACUUGAGCUACAAUGACCUGCAUGAUUCUGGAGUAGAGAAACUCUGUAGCGCACUGACAAGUUCACAUUGUGGUUUAGAGACAUUAAGGCUGUCUUUCUGUAAAGUGACAGAAGAUGGAUGUUCCUCCCUGGCAAAGGCUCUGAUGUCCGACUACUGCAACCUCAGGGAGUUGGACCUAAGCUUUAAUCACCUGACAAAUCAAGGAAUCAAAACCCUGACUGAGAAACAAAGAGAUUCACACUGCAGCCUAGAAAAUCUUAAUGUGGACCAUAAUGAAGAAUGCUGGGUUAACCAUAAACUACUGCGAAGAUAUGCCUGUGAUCUGACGCUGGAUGAAAACACUGCUGGGCGAAGAAUCACUUUGACGCAAGACAAUAAACAAGCACAUUUUGAUCAAGAGAAGCAACAUUACCCUGAUCAUCCAGACAGAUUUGAUUUGCAACAGGUUCUUUGUAAAGAGGGUCUGACAGAGCGCCAUUACUGGGAGGUUGAGUUCCACAGUUUCUCAGACGGUGAGGUGGGAGUGGCAUACAAAAGUAUCGCCCGGAGUGGAGACAAUAGUAGUGAGUUUUCUUUAGGAAGGAAUGAGAAAUCUUGGUCCUGGUCCACAGAUGGAACUUUUUGGCACAAUGAUCCCACUGAAUGGAUUUUGACUGAGUUUAAAACACGGAACCUUGGAGUGUAUUUGGACUGGCCAGCAGGUAUUUUGUCCUUCUUUGAAGUGUCUCCAGAUGAAUUGACUCACCUGCACACAGUAUGCACAACUUUUACUGAACCACUCUAUCCUGGGUUUUAUUUAAGUCAUGGAUCAAUGUACAUUAAAGAAAUAGAAAUGGAGUAAAGAAUGGACAUUUGACUAAAUAAGGUUGCUGUGAGGCAUAGACAAUGCAUGAAACAACGUAGCACAAGAAUGCUUUUAUUCAGUUUCUAUAAAGGGAAGGUUUUUCUGCUUUGCCCCAAAGCCUCAGCUUUCUAAAUAUUGUGUGCUGUUUAAACACAUUUCCAUGUAUUAAUAUUUAAUUUGUUGAAAUGUGCUGAGCUAAGAUGACCCUGACUGUGCUCAGUGCAUUGUGUGUAUAAGGUUAAUAAAUAAUAACAAGAUCA